UUCUGGUCAGCAGGGAUAUUAGUCUUCAAUUUAAUUGGAAAUUAGAAGAUUUUUGUCUUUUUAGACAUAGAGGAAUGUAAGAAUUUGUUUGAUUUCAGUCUUUGAUUAUAAUAAAUGUAUUCGGUCUGAGCUAAUCUCUUGUAAUUUUUGUGGUUUUUAUAACUCCUACAAAGGGAAGUAAAAAGAUUUGUUUCGAAGACCCACGAAUUUGGAAGUGGAGUAAUUUCUUAUAAUAUAGGUACUCGAAUAAUUAAAUUUAUGAAUACUCAGCUAAUAAGUUCUAAUUAACAGUAAAGUGAAUUAUAUCCCCUUUUAUCUGAGAUAGCGUGGGAAGGUCCAAACGAACCAAAAACGAAGAGAGAAAAAGGACGUUGUUCAAAAAGAAUUUUAUACAUCGAACCAUGGAAUUUUUAGGAGGAAGUAAUAUAAUUUAAAUUUUAAAGUCAAGUGAAACGCUUUCCAUAGGAAUAUUAAAACAACCGUUUUGAGACUUAAAGCUCAGCAAGUUCCUUCAAUACCCAGUUUUCUGAUAAACGAUUUGGCACAUCGUUGUGUAGGAACUUGUUUUCAUAGUUUAGGUUUAUCUUUUUAUAUUUUGGUAGCAAAUCUGUUGGAUUAAUGCGAUUACAGUUCCUUAUACUUUACGAUUCGUCCUUGGUAAAAGCACGUUUAACUGGUAACAAAAUUUAGAUAAGGAACGUCUGUAGACGUAAAUACGUAGAGUGAAGUACAGAAAGAUAACAGUGAUUAAAGUAAUAAUGUACUUUGUCAUAGUUGAUAAUUUAAUCGUUAAAACUCAAUAGUGAUUACCUGUGCGGUAAGGUUAGGUUCGGCACUUUUUUACUUUGAAAAAAUGCUUUUAACGAUAUUUACCAUAAGCAGCAGUGUUUCGAUCACAACUUGGAUUAUAUUCUGUUGUGUGGUCUACGCUUGGCACUAUCUAAUUGAGGUCAUUUUGGAUCUUCCAGUAGUUGGAGAGUCGCCAUGCUCCGCACACGCAAGUCUCAAGUUUCUUAUCCAAAAAGUUAUUCAAGACGCCAUCAGUUUGCCCAUUCUAAAAAAAGUGGAUGAACAGCCAGGAGCGCCAGUCGAUGAAAUCAAUCGCUCGUAUGAAGAUCUCCUCGCUACUGCAAUUAUUAAUAAGGUAAUAGAAAACUACCAAGAUGAAUUACCUACGUCAUCAGCAAAUAGUGUAUCUAGUCGAAGAUCCAAUUUAUCUAUUCGAAACAAUAGAGAGUACUUUUUCGGAGAAGAAACAUUGGACGCCAAAUGGAGAAAUUGCAAUAGUGCAGCGGGGGAUGUGGAUACAACGUCUGUAUCUAGCAUGGAGGAAUGGGUUCAAAGCGGUUCCAGUUCGUGCUCAACGAAAUACGUGGAUCACAAGUCGCUGACGAUUCAACACCGUAUAGAAGAGGCUUCAUCGUCAGAUGAAGAAGACAGUCGCAAGGAAUGGCAGGAAAAUUGGAAACUACAAAGACGUCAGUUUGCGGGAUCAGCCUCGCCAAUCCCCGUACCGAUGUUAGUACCAAACCCAACUGUGGUAGCAAAAGUACUAAUUGGAGAUCGGGAGGCGGAUGACACUACUGAUUUAUCAGAUGCCGCAUCGGAGUGCGAUGAGACUGAACGGUUAAAGUGCCCAAAGGUUGAGAGUGAAGAUGAAGUUUUAUCUGAUGGCACUACAGACGACGUAGACAUUGCGGGAGAAAAAGAUCGAAUACUAGAGCAAUUUUCAUCCUAUCAACCUGACUGCAGUCUCGAUGCAAAUAUAUGGGAAUUUGUUAAUACCAACGUUAAUUACUCUGAAAAUUUCGAAGAUACUUCUUUGGAUAGCCAUAUAGAACAGGAUUCGGAAUACACCGAAAAAUAUGCAACGUUACCUAAAACUAUACUAAAAUGUUCGACACCAGUGAAUAGCGUGAAUGAUCCGUAUGUAAAUAGCGUAAAUGAUAGAAACAAUUUAGAAAUUUUAAGCAAUGGUGAUAUACAUACAGAAACUGCUGAACUAAUCGAUGGAGCGGAACCAGUGGAAAUUAAUGAAGAAUUAAGGAAAAAGUUUGAAGGUUCCUAUAGCGAGCGGGAGAAACAAAAAUGGAAUAAUGCCGUGGAAAUGAAGAACAAUCCGUAUACCGAAGAAAACAUAAAUCGUAGAUUAAAGACGUCCAGCGUAAUGGCUUCAUUGUUCGGCAGAGAUUAUUACAUUAAAGAAGCGGCAAAGGCAGCAGGCGCAAGAAACGCGAAAGAUGUUAAUCACGCUGAUGCGGGUUCAGAGAAGCAAGAAAAACCGUCAAAUGAAACCGCAUCGUCUGGGUUCAUCUUUACAGCUGUACCCGCGAUCGUCAACGCAGACAGCUCAUACAACACAGAUUCAGAAUCACUAAUCGAAAUUGGAUCUCCUGCGCCACCCUCUAGUCUUUUUGAAAUAUCGAGCGAUUCCGAUUUGAGUAUUGAGCGAACUUAUAAUUUAACAAGUGGUAAAGUAUACGAAAAAGUUGGAAAUUUACACAAAGAAAUCGUAAAGCGCACUUCGAGUCCCGAAGGGCUCAAGUUUGUGACGAUCGCUUCGGAAAUGGUGGAUGAAAAUCACAACUCAAUGACAUCCAGAAAGCGGACCUUUCUCAGAUCACUUACCGACUCGGACGAUGGAGACAUCACUAUGUCCAUAGCGCCUAAUUGCGAAGUAUUCUGUCAAAAUACCAAUAUUUCUAAUGUGCCAUUGAACGACCAGACGUUUGAGGUUGAGAGCUUAGAUUAUGCAGAUCACAAUAGAUCCUUUUCAGUUCAAGAAGUUAGUAUCGAUUUCUCAACGGAAACUGAUAUAAAAACUUCAGCGGAAUCUUCUUUAAAUUCGACUCACGACUCUGAAAUUGGUGAUCUCAAACAACAACACCUAGUUAAAGAUAGGCUAGGACAAUUGUCCAGAUCCUACCCAAAUUUAGCUUCUAAGAAAGUUUUUGGCAAAUUCCACAAUGAGAUUGAAGAGGUUAAGAUAUGUGUCGCUCAGGCAACUGUUAUACCUUUGCAGAACGGCUUUGAAGACGGCGAGAAAUGUGUUUCUCCUGAAGAAUUAUCUACGUCUGCCCAUGACACUUCUGUGAAUGAUUUAAGAAAAAGAUUCGCCAAAGUACACGGAGAUGAGAGUUUAAUGCAAAAGCAGGUGCACAGUUUAACAGCGAGAAGCAUACCUCACCUGAUAAGAAAGGAACUACAAGAAAGUGAACAAAAGCAAGAGUCUCAUAAUUACGGCAGUGAUGCCACCAAACAAGAAGAAGUUGGAUUGCAAGCAGCUCAACUUGAAGAAGCCACUGUGAUCAAAGAAAAACCGGUACUAUCCACGUUUCCUAAUGCAAAAAGUAGAAUUAAAUUCUUUGAAAAUUUAAAUCGAUAAGUAUUGUAAAUAAUUGUAUAUUUAAUUAAACCAAAUAUUUUGUACAUAUAAAUUACAGAGUUACCUUCGCGUAUUUUAAGAAAAGUGUAUUCCUUCUUUGUUGAAUGCAUGUAGUACCCUAAAAUAAAGGUGCUUUUAUUUUUA